AUGAGGCUUGCUAGUAUCUUAUCGGAAAUCACUGCGGUGGAUAACUGUGUACUUGAGCCAUCGAGCACAGUCAUCAUUAGUCCCGCCUAUCAACAACUUUGGGCCUUUAGAGCUGGCCUUUCUGGUUUGGAGUCUGAUCCUACGGAAGCUGCGCAAAUAUUACAGCACAUUGGCCGCCUUUGA